UCAAACACAAGAUAAUGAAAUAUUUUCUGCCAUCUCCAAUUGUGUAAAACGAAUUCAAGGAAAAUUUUAAAAUAUUAAUUUUUAAGGCCGUUGCUCGAAAAUGUCCGAAAACGAGGACGUGGAGGCGGCACCUGUGAAUUCUGCGGGAACAACUGAAGGAUCCGGCAAGGAUGAAACGCCAAAGAAGCCGCUGCCAAUGUCGUUUGCAGAUUGGAAAAAGUGCAAGGAGGCGCUGAAACCGGAAUCGAAAGGCGGACCACAACGUAGCAACAACAAUAGUGCUUAUAACAACAAUAAUAAUAAUAACAAUAAUGGACGUAAACAAUGGUCGUCGAAUGACAACAGAAAUUUCCAAGGAGGCGGAGGACCGAGAAACGACUACCAGGACAGGAAUAACUAUCCACCCCUGAGCAGACCCCCGCCGCUUCCCAUGCAGCUGAUGAACAUGGGAUUUGGGGGCAACUUUGGGCCGGGUCCCUGUGGUCCGCCAAUGGGAGGUCACCCCAUGGGUCCUGGGGGACCAAUGGGCUUCGGUGGACCACCGUGUGGCCCCGGGCCCAGACGCAAUCAGAACCAGCGACCACUGCAACCGCCUCCGUUCUGGGAGGACAUGAUGUCGCCGCAACACCGACCACCACCCAUCCAACCGCCCAUGCCCAAGUGCCCCAGCCUGUGGAACCUGGUGCCCAAGGAGCGCGGUCAGCAGCAACACAAUCAACAGAGUAACAAGAAGUUCAAGUCCAAUAAUAGCGGCAACAAAGUCAAAGAUUCCAAGCUAAUGCCUCCCCCUCCGCCGCCGACGUCAAGUGAUGGCAACAAUUCGCAAUCGAACGGAGAGGCCCAGCCCUCCAAGAAGCCCAAGCGCAGCGGCACCUUUGUGCAGGUCAACGGUCAGUGGAUCCAGAAGCCGGAGGCACCGCUGCCCCUGGAAGAUGCGCCGCCUGGUACGAAGGAGGAGCGCCAGCGCCAGUGGAAGGAGUACCGCAUGGCCAUGAAGCCGUUCAAGAAUCGCGAAUUUCACAACUGGAAGCGAACGGUGCAGCGUUUGGGCAAGCUGCCGCGUGAACAGCUGGACGAACAUCAGCUGGAACGUCUGGAGAAGGCCGAGGAGUCAAUAGGCGCCCACAAGGCGAUGCUGACGGUGAAGCACGCUGAGCGCUGGGUGCAGCAGGAUAAUAAGAACGACAAAAGUCAGCUGUUUUUGCGCAAGUCCCCCAAUAUCGGUUCCUGGGAGUUGCCCAAGGACAAGCCACCGAAUGGCUAUCAAUCGGCGCACGACUUCAAGAAGCAGCAGAUGCAGAAGUUCUUCGGCACCGGGCGUGCCAUUAAGGGCGGAGCGGAUCUCUCAGUCAUUGGGCAUUUGGCGCCACCGCCGCCGCCUCCAGACACGCCACCGCAGACGAAUAACUACUGGCCCGGUGGGUCAGCCAUCAGUGCAACGGGCUCCAACUCCAAUCCCUCCUUCUUCAGCCACUACAGCAACAACUUUGUCAAGGGUGGAACCAUGCUGCCGCCCUAAAACUGAUCACGAAAACUAACCCAAGGCGUGGGUUUUAACCACUAUCCACUAGCAUGGCACCUGCAAAAAGUCUACACAUUUACGCUCCAAGGUCAGCAGUUUCUUCUUCAUCCUGAAUCGAAGGCAUCGGUAUUUGUAUUCAGAUAAAUGUAACAAAAUCAACUUGAUACAGAAAAUCAA